AAGCUUUAGCAAGAUGAAGGGUAUUAAACAGCUUCUACAGCCUGUCUCUUGACCACGGAUGUAGCAGGACUCAACUUCUAUCAAGCCCACUGGCCUCUGUGUGAGGCUUCGUUGCUUCCAGGUAAGAUAGGCCAGACUCAAACAUCACUGUGGUCCAUCUCUAUAAAUCACACCUUUUGCUGACUGAGCAAAAUAUUUCGCUGAUGUUUUCAAUGAUUUUCUCGCAUGCUCUGGAACUCGUGUGUGCUGUGCACACAAGAUCACUUAAUGGGAAUUAAUUACCUGUAAUCACAUUUUUGUCAUCCUUUUUGCUUAAUCAGUAUCAGGUGGGGUUAAGCAUGUGCCUAUUUUCCACCUUAUGAGUAUUUGAAAAUGAAGGAGGGAGAUUUAUACUGUUCUGUUUAGUUAAUCUGACCUAAAAUGCAAAAGGUUACCAGAUGGUUGUGAGAAUACUUCCAUUACUUUCAGUUGAAAGACCCAGGGCUUUUUUUCAACCAGAACUUGCCCAAAUUCAGUUCCAGCACCUGUCAGGUGGGUGCCAUUGCCAUUAUAAGAGAACAAGGGAGGUGUUCAUGUGCAUUCCGGCACCUCUUUUUCUAGAAAAAUAUCAUUGGCUAUGGGAAAUCAUUCCUUUCUUGUUUUUCUGUGGUUGUUCGGAUAAAGGAUAUGGAAGUCAGUUGAAAAAGUAAUAGAUCUGUGCUGUUAUCAUGUAAACGUUUCCUUAAAAGAUAGGAUGCUGUUUCUAAUCAAAUUAGCCAUGUUUUACUUAAUUUCCUAACCUGCUCUAUCUCCAAGAGCUUAAGGCACCUACAGUCCUACAAAAAUGUUAUUAUAAAUAUUCUAUGCCAAAUAAAUCAUAGGAUUAAAUAAUAAUAAAAAUUAAAACUGGGUUUUUAAAAAUAGCAAAGAAAGGAAAGGAAAUCAAGUCUUAAUUUAUCCCUGCAUAGAUGUGAUCUCUAGUAUGCACCCUCACUCCCUUUCAGGCAGUUUGUAGUAUGUAUUGCUUCCAAUCCCAACAGAAAAGAAGUGAAGAAGACUCUGAAAUAAUUUUGCAGCUGUUCUUUCCACUCUUCCUUCUUGGUUUUAAUGUUCCUGGCAAUGACCCAUUUAUUCCACUUCCUUUGAUGUUUUUUUUCUUAAGACUCUUGCCUCAUAGAAUCUGGAGUUACAAACUUAUUGGAAAAUCUCAGUUUUCAUGUGUAAAUUUUAAAAGUAACAAAACUACUUCUUAGCCUUUUGAUCUAAAGGUCUAUUUCCUGCAAUGAUUGACUAAUUCCUUAGAACUCGGCUUGCACCAGUAUUCUAGAAAACAGCCAGUUUGGGGAUGCAAGUUUCAACCAGAGUAGCAAUGGGCAGGACCUGCUUUCAACCCCCGCUUCCUAGAACCACUCUCACCCCUCCCCAACACCUUUUUCCUUGAUGGACGGAUCCAGCCUCUGAGCCUGGAUGAGGUAGACCAGGGAAGGAGUCACGUCCUCUAUCCCAAGCGCCAUCCCUUUCUUUCAUCCAUCUGUCCUUUCUUAACAUAUUUAUCCACUGCCCUUUUGCCCAAUAAUGUGCCCCCCUCCCAGGGUAGUAAACCAAACAAAUCAAGCCUAAAUCUCAAUAAAAACAUGCAAACUUAAAAACAAACCUAAAAUAGCAACCAAAAGCAUCCAAAAAUAACAGAAUAAAGUCAUGCAAUGACAUUCUCAGAUACUCUGGCCACAUAGACAUUUGUACGUUGCUGGUUUUGCCUGGUGUUUGAAGGAGGGAGCCAACAUUUUCUUUUUGAGGAAUGCUCCUGUAAAUAAGGCAGGGACGCGGGUGGCACUGUGGGUUAAACCACAGAGCCUAUGGCAUGCCGAUCAGAAGGUCGGCGGCUCGAAUCCCCGGGACAGGGUGAGCUCCCGUUGCUCUGUCCCAGCUCCUGCCAACUUAGCAGUUCGAAAGCACGCCAAAGUGCAAGUAGAUAAAGAGGUACCGCUCUGGCGGGAAGGUAAACGGCGUUUCCAUGCACUGCUCUGGUUCGCCUGAAGCGGCUUAGUCAUGCUGGCCACAUGACCUGGAAGCUGUACGCCGGCUCCCUCGGCCAAUAAAGCGAGAUGAGCGCCGCAACCCCAGAGUCGGUCACGACUGGACCUAAUGGUCAGGGGUCCCUUUACCUUUUACCUGUAAAUAAACUUUUGUCCAGAUGAACAAAGAAAUUGGUUGCUGGGAGUACAGUGGCCCUAGUGAGCAGUAAUGUAUCAAUGUAAUUUAGUUUUUCUUUCCCUUGUGUCCCAGGAGUUGAUUACCACUUAGGCAUGGCAGAGCGGCCUCAGGUACUGUCCCAGGAAACUCUAAACCAGAUGGUGUCCUCAGAGGGCACGGACUCUGGCCAUCCGAAGGCAGGGCCACUCUCUCCCCCCCUGCACUCCCAGUCAACAGAUAUGGCACCCAAGCCACUACUUCGCUUGCAGAGUAUUGAAGAAGGGAAAGCCCCCUUUCCACCAUCCCGGAGAAGCUCCAUCAUGAGCAUCCUCAAUGCCCCCUUUCCCAGCAGGAGGAACUCGCUGGCUGCUGGGGGAAGGCGGCUCUCCAUUGGACCCUGGAUGCAUUGCGGCCGAGUGAGUUUCUCUGGGUUACCACUCUUUGAGCCCAUGCGGGAGACGCACUAUGAAAAUAGCUACAAGACGAAGCCAGAUGAAGGCUGCAAAUUUAAUGCCUCCCAAGUGCAGCAUGUUCUUGAAUCUGUCCUAGCCACCUACCUAGGGGAUGCCAAGUAUAACCCUGCAAACAGCGGGCAGGUGGCCAAGAACCUGUCAGACCUCAUCCGGAACAGAAUCAAAGAGCUGAUCCCACCUCGCUACAAGCUGGUGUGUAACGUCUUUCUGGGCCAACAGGCCAACCAAGGUCUGCGCAUUGCUAGUCAAUCCCUCUGGGAUGUGGAGAAUGACAGUUUUGCAUCUGCCACUUUCACUAACUCAUCACUCUUUGUUGUGGCCACAGUUCAUGGACUCUAUUUUGAAUGA